CAUAGGAACAUAUGACAUAAACAAAAAAUUAUAAACAAUUUGCAACUGAUAACAAGAAGAGGAGAUAUCUCUGUUUCUAGAGCAAACAUGAGCCACAUUUACAUUCAGGAUCCCAACCAAUCAGACGAUGCAACUCCAGACUUGGAGUCCUACACGGGAUUUGGCAACUCAGCUGCCGAGGCGUUUAUACAAAACUUGGCUGGAAUGGUCAAUCAGGGCGAUGUGGAAACGAUGAUACGUGCUCAGAAGCAAAUGCUGCAACGCUUUGAGAAAACCAAUGAGAUGCUCCUCAAUUGCAAUGCGCUCUCCCAGAGCCGCUUGAAAAACGCCAACGACGACUUCAAGCGUCACGUCAAGUGUCUCAACGAUAUGAAAAAGGAUCUGGACUACAUAUUUCGAAAGAUUAGAGUUAUCAAACAUAAGCUGCAGCAGCAGUAUCCCGCCAUAUACGCAGAUAUACAGCCACAGCGUAGCAGUCUCGCCGAGGAGGCCGAAGACGAGACCGACUCGCGCGUCAAGAAUGCUGUGGAAACGGUGGCACCCGCUGUCAAGGCGCCAACGUCCAGUACUGGCGCAGUGCCCAAGAAAACUGCAGCGACCAUUGAGUAUGUGCAAAUGGAGGAGGCUGUGGACAAUGGCACCGUAGAGAUUGAAAAUGAACUGAUCAAAAGGGUCUGUUCCGUAGAGACUGCGAAUCCCAACGACUCAUCCGAUUGUACAUCGGAGGACACGGGCUAAGCUGUUUAUUUUUAAAUACAAAUUAACUUAAAAUAUAAUCUGAUACUUGUA